CAAGACUGCGCUGCUUUGCUUAGCCUGGUUAUUUGACCUGUGUUGGCUCACUUCUUAAUUAUUACAAGUAGGGUUUUGUAAGGGCUUAACGACGCCGUUUGCGAGAACACCGCCGCCUGGAACCAACCCUCCGCCGCCAUCGACAAAUCCGGCACCGGAAAAAGAUAUCAUGGGGAAGAAGGUUAAGUCCUCGAAAAGGAAAAUCAGAGAACACGAGUCAGAAGCUACUGAAGUUUUGUCUCACAAAACUCUCGAAAAUAAAGAUGGAGACGUGAUGGUUGACUUGAGUGAACCAACCAUGGGUGAAAAACUUGCGAGCCUCAACCUGGAAGAAAACAAAGAAGCUCUGGACAAUGGUAAUGCAGGAGUUUCUCCUGAUGCAAAGCCACCUAGUGCAGACUCGAUUUAUGUCUUGCUCAAGCAGGCGCUCAGAGCUGAUGAUCGAGCACUCCUCAUAGAUUGCUUAUUCAGACAAGAUGAGAAGGUAAUUGCAAAUUCGCUGUCACUAUUGAACCCUUCAGACGUUGGCCAGUUAUUGCAGUCUCUUGUACCAAUAGUCCAUUUGAGGGGUGCUGUAUUGGCCUGUGCUAUUCCAUGGCUAAGGAGUUUACUUCUUCAGCAUGCGGGCAGCAUAAUGUGUCAAGAAGCUUCUUUGGCGGCCUUAAACUCUAUAUAUCAGCUCAUAGAGUCUAGAGUCUCCAAUUUCAGCCACACUCUUCAACUAUCGAGUUGCUUGGACUUGUUGUAUUCGGAGACGGUUGAUGAUGAAAGGGAAGAGAAUGAUGUGGUGGCACCUGUAAUAUACGAGGACGAGGAUGAAAGUGAUGAAGAGGGAGUUGAUGAAGAAGAUUCUAUGGAGGUCGAAAGUGUCGAAGAUGGUGAAGAAGGGACUCGUGUGUACAGCGAUAUUAGUGAUGAUGAGGAAAAUGGUGAGAUUAGCGAAUGAAUGAGGUUCGGUUUUUGAUACUCAAUUGUGGCAAUUUAUUUACACACGCCAGUUUUCUCCGUUGAUUUUGUUUCUUUCUUCCAAAGAAAUGAACAUGGGUGUGUACUGAGUUUAAAUGAAAGCACAUCAAAUCAUUUUAAGAGAUUAAUAUGAGUACUGCAAUGCAAAAUGCAUUUUCCUAUUUGUUUGUUUACAACAUACAGAAAGAGAUUUUUGAACCCUUGAACUCUAAGAACUAACUAGCAAUUGAUACAUAAUUCGAUUUUUGUACAUCUUUUUUUUUUAUUAUU